UAUUGCUGAUCGCUGUUGGACAUUAGGAGGGACCUUUAAAUAGUAAAGCAUCUGUUUAACUAAGACUCAGAAGUUAAACUGGCUAGUACUCAAAACUUAAAUUUUGUUUUGAGUAAAGAAGCAACAUUUCUCACCAGAGUGGCCCUUGAAGUAGCAUGCAAGACAAAUGUGUGGUAUAAAAGAUACCAGUCCAACUAAUAUCCUGCAGAUGGCGCUAUUCAACUCAGGUGCAAAUUAUUAGAGCCUUAAAUAAAGGCAAAAACAUACUGUCCAGUGUCUAUUUGCAUAUUGUCCAAUACAGAUACAUGAUAAUGAUGUUUACAUUCUUAUGAUUUCAUAUUCAACACCAUACUGAAUACGAUAUCAAUGUUUUGCCUGCUCUUCCGAGUCACGUGAUCGUUGUUAUGGAAGUUCUCUUGCCGUAAACCCGCAGCUGCUGCCGGACCACGGUGAAACUGUUGUGACAGGAGUUGGCGGUGACGUUGGCGCAUGCGUUAGCUCGGUUAGCCGUUUGUCUCUCAGGUUAAACUGUCAUUUCAGCAACACGGAGGAUGUAACGUUUCCCAGCUUGAUCGUUUAACAUUAGAAAAAACACUUAUCAGUUUCAAACCUGCUCUACACCGGCGGACAUACUCUUAUUUCGAGAGUGUUAAAGACAAAAAGGAGGCGUUGGUGUUUAGUCUGCAGGAAACCAUUUUAAGAUUUUCAAUGCAUCCGACACAUAAGGAUACACUCGCCUUGCUAGCUUAACGCAGCUAGAUAUACCGUCUGUGCCGUGGAUGGGUCCGCAGUAUAAGGUGUUUCUGGAAGAUUCGGUGACCAGUGCUUAGGGAGCAACAUGGAUACAGCCGAAGAAGGUAAAUAACCUGAAGUGUCGCUUGUUGCUUCUCGAUAAUAGUUAGUUAAGUAGCAUUAGCUCCUGUGUAUCACCGAUAACCGGGUGCUGAGGUGGCCUGCUACCUUAGCCCCUUAUAGCAUAGCCCCGUAGCCUGUUCGAGCUCUGCUGAAAUGUGAUGACUGUUUAACACUAUCUUAACAAGCGAGCUCAAUAUUAGAUUUCAUUGUGGAGUAAAGAGUGGAGAAAGGCCAGAAGUUACUGUUGAUGUCACCACUCUCCUAGAUAAGAAGUCUCCUGAACUUACUUCCUUACGCUUAUCUUAGUGUGUUACACAGUCAGCUUUGCGCUUCUGUAAUAGCUCCUCUGUACAAAUAGACACCUGUCAGUUAACACCUAUCCAACUAGGGCACCCCUGUUUUAAAAGGCUUUGGUAAUAUGUGUGUGUGUGUGUGUGUGUGUGUGUGUGUGUGUGUGUGUGUGUGUGUGUGUGUGUGUUUUGUCUGUGUCCAGCGGAUAUUUGUCGUGUGUGCCGCUCCGAGGGGACCCCAGAUAAACCCCUGUACCAUCCCUGUGUCUGCACUGGCAGUAUCAAGUUUAUCCACCAGGAAUGGUAAGUGUGUUAUUACUGUCACACUGAACUCCAACACCUGUUCCUAAAAGUCCUUUCUAACUUUAAUAAAUAUUCACAUGACUACUGCCAUGAUUGUGAGCACACCUGCUGAGGUUGGCUGAUACCUGUUCCAAAUGUUUAACUUUCAUAUAAGUUUCUCCAAAAUAAACUUAAUGUGUAAAUAGGGAUGUGCCGAUAUACGAUUUAAUCGCGAAAUGCGAUAUUAAACGGCUGCGAUGAUGAAAUCGUAGAGUACUGUACUAAUCGUUCCACGACUAUAAUUUACUCUUCACUCAGAGGAGGCGAGCUAAGCCAAGUACUUACCAACCUAACCCGCUUGUAGUCUUACCCACGGUGUCAAAGCCUCAGUAGCAAAAUGUACAAACAAACCACCACAAAAGUAGUCCCAAAUCCAAAACAAACUCUCGAAUGAAGCCAGCCUAACAACAACGGGAACAUUAAAAGAGAAAAUGAAGAAAUUUUACAACAAAAUGCGUGGCCACCCAAAGCACUGUUGGAGCAUGUCCACUCUGUGAACCGGAAACAGUUUGAAGAAGAAAAAAAAAGGUGACACACACGCUCCAACUUCCUACCAACGUAACGAUGCAGCCGGGCCAAGAACAGUCGGAGACUGAGAAUGACGAAACACCUCGGCUGUAACCUACUAUUAAAAAGGUUCCGUCGGCAGUAUGGACGUUUUACGGCUUCAGAAAACAGACGGAGCAGGUAAACCUGACACCAAUCUGCAGGUUACGCCGUAAGGAAGUUGCAGCGCCGUUGUCUAAUACUUCAAACAUAUGUGCCCACCUCCGUGAACACCAUCCAGCAUCGUUAGCCCAAAUCAGGGUAAAAACAACAUGACUGCAACAAGUUUGGUCUACUCUACUGCUUAUUAUUGACGUUAGUGAUGUUUUUGCUAACUUUAGCUCCAAAAAGCUAAUGCUCCCAACGUCGCGUUAGCUGCCAUUUGCUCAUAUUGUUUGUGCGUGUCAUGCAGUGCACAGAGAAGUGAUUUCACUGUUUUUUGCCAUUUCCAAUAACGUUAAAAGCAAAGCGCUAAUAUCGUGAUAAUAUCGUGAACUGUGAUAUUUUGGGCCACCAAUAUCAUGAUAUCAAAUUUUUCAUAUCGGCACAUGCUUAUGUGUAAAUCAGAUUGUAAAGGUUGUAUUUGACUCAGAGUUGCACAGGAAAGAAAUCACGUAUCGUCUUUUUCUCACACCACAUAAGUUUGUGCAUCCAGGUAUUAUGUAUUGAAGCAGAAUUCAUAGCUGAGGCAAAACCGAGUAAAUACAGUCUUAAUUAAAAGUCAGCAGGUUGCUUUUAAUCCAGCAGUCUAAAUAAAGAAGCCAGGAUGUGUGUUUACAUGCUUCCAUUAUAAUAGGAUUGAUGCAGCUGAGUGAUUUGUUGUAUUGCAAAGUAAUUGGAUAACAUGGGGCAUAAGCUGCACUGCCUGUGAUUAUUCUUGUCAUGUUGGCAUAUGAAUAAGUAGAAGAAUCAAAAGGAUACAGACCAGGCACACCCUCUCUCACAUCCAGGCUGCACAGUGCCUCACAAUACUCAUCUCAGGUGUGGUAUUGGCCUGAUGAAAACAAUACCAGGCCCUGCAGGUAGUUUUGGGAUUGUGCUGUGUUCUCAUCUGCCCUGUGUUUGGGUGUCACAGGCAACAAGAGGGUCAGGUGCAUGGAAAUCCCCGGGGCAGGAGGCCUGGAUUGUUCUAUGGCAAUUGUUUAACCUCAUUCUGUAUUCAUAUCAGUCCACAGUCAUCCCAACAAAGUUAGAAUAGCAGUCUUUUGUAUAAAGAUAGUGCAAUUGUGGUGAAUGUAUGCAGGCGACAGAACACCUGUACCUUGUUUAAUGCUUUUUUGUGGGGUACUUUAAAAAGCAUAAUAAAGUAAUUUAUAGAUAAGUGUUACACUGUUUAGCACUUUGUUAGAGAUGAGGGAAUUUGAGGUCAUUUUACGACCUUUGCAGCACCGUUGUGACUCGAAAAGGAUGUAAAAUGCGUUCUGUCACAGGGAGAGAUGAACAUAUUGCUGAGCUAUAGCACAUCGAACCUUGUGAAUGUUUAAUAAGUCAGCCUGAGCGGAAACCUGAAGUGAUGUAAGGUGAAGCGAAACUUAAGCAGAGCUCUGUUAUGUGUUGGUCCCAUGACACAGACCCUUGACGAAAACAUACGUGUUGGAUUCAGCUGGUGUUACGCUCCUCUUACAUAACCGUUUAGUUAAUCCUGGAGAGUAAUCACAAAGAGUUGGGAUUUUGUUAUUAUGGUAACGUGCAAGCAUAAAUAAGUCCAGUGAUAAGAAAUAUACUCUUUUUGUUAAGUGUUAUCAACAAAGGUGAGUGUUUAACCACAACUGAAAUAUGAUAAGUGCGCACUGUAUGGGUCUGUAAGUUCAGGCAUCAGGCCGUUGUCAGACAUCAGUAAUUGGUUUAUUUUACAUUCCAGACGGUUUUAAAUCCAUUACGCAGAAUAUUUCUGUGGACUGUACAUAGAAGAGUCCCAAUAAGCUCAAGUCUUUGUAGAUAGAGUGUGAAGAUGCAAAUGUCGAAAUAGAAACUUUUUAAAGUUCAAAACAUGACCACACACACUGUUGUUUUAUAAUUCUGAUUCAUUUAAAAGACUGCUUUUUCUGUCCUCAUAAAACUGCUCAUUCUUUAUAUUGUUGAAUUUUAACCACAAGUUUGAUGUUCUCAAUAUUUGCGUUACAGUUUGGUCCAGUGGCUCAAGCACAGCAGGAAGGAGUACUGUGAAUUAUGCAAGCACAGAUUUGCUUUCACACCCAGUAAGUACUUAUGACAGUGAUGGAUUAUCUGCUUGAACAUAUUAAACAGACUGAAGUAUCCUUCAAGAAUCUUAAAAGUUGAGCCAUAUGGGUCCACUUUGUAUCAGUCUUUUUACAAACACGACUAUUAAUUUUGAUCAAGUCAUUUGUUUUGCUGUUACUCAACUAUGUGUAAUACUCAGGAAGUUAUGUCAGUAUUUUAAUGAAGUGUUUAGUAAAAUCUUUCCCUCUUUGUUUUUUUUUAGUUUACUCCCCAGACAUGCCCUCACGUCUGCCCAUCCAGGACAUCUGUGCCGGCCUGCUGACCAGUGUGGGCACAGCCAUCCGCUACUGGUUCCAUUACACUCUGGUGGCCUUCGCAUGGCUCGGGGUGGUUCCUCUCACUGCAUGUAAGUAGUAUGAUGAGGAUAUACUCUUAUAGUGUGAACCACCUUUCUUUAAAUCCUUAUCAGAUAUUUCCUUUUAGAGCACAAUUCACUCUAUUCUGGCCUUUAUUGUUGGAGCCAUAAAACAAUGGCGGGAUAAACAUUUGACUCAGUUUUAUCAGGUUGCUUUGUUCAUCAGAUUUGAUAAUUUAUACACAGGGUAUUGUGAUUGAUCAUAGUCCUUUUUAGUCCCCCGCUCUGUCCCAGUAAGGGUUAAAGGAAAUGCACUUGUUGCACAUAACACAGUUGUGUAUGGAAUGAACAUGAUGUAAGCGUUACACAUCAGCUCAUGGUCAUGGUUUAACUCCAUCAAGAGAAUUACAGCUCUUGUGCAGCUUCACGGCAGGCAAUGAUGUGAGAGCUCUAGGCUAUGUUAAUCCCCCUUUUGUGUGUAAACAUUGUCGGCAAUGUCGAUCUUUUGAAGACUCAUGUUAUGUAAGGUAACUCUUUUGAGAAGUUUUAUAUAAAUUUCAUCUGGUCUUUCUGUUUCAGGUCGCAUCUACAAGUGUCUGUUUACAGGCUCUGUGAGCUCUCUUUUGACACUGCCAUUGGACAUGCUCUCAACGUGAGUGAACAAAACACAAUUUUUCAGCAUAUGAGGCUACACCAAGCUUAGUUAACUGAUUUCUGUGCACAUGUAAUCCCUAGCUAGCUCUAAAGGGGCCUGUAUAUUGUUUUUGUUCAUGGAUAUAUGUUGAUUCUCAUACUUUUGCAGAGAGAACCUGCUUGCAGAUUGUCUACAGGGCUGCUUUGUGGUUACCUGCACGCUUUGUGCAUUCAUUAGUCUGGUAUGGCUCAGAGAACAGAUAGUUCAUGGUGGCGCCCCUCAGUGGUUGGAGCAGCAUCCGCCACCACCUCCAAAUGCAGCCGGACAGGCCAAUGAGGUACUUUCUUGGAGUUGUUGCAAAGACUGUCAGCUCUGUAAACCAGGCGAUGUGACAAGACAGCAGAUUUUAGCAUCCUCUCCUCUCUCCCUCAGCCCCAGGCUGCAGGUCAGGGAGCAGCUGAUGAGCCCCCCGCAGCUCCACCACCUCCCGCUGAUCCACCAGCCCAGAAUGAAGCAGAGCCUGAGCCCCCUGAUGUCCCCCCAGACCAGGGUGAUGACCCCGAGCUGGAAGAAGAGGAGGGAGCAGCAGCAGAGGAUGCUGACCCCAACAAUGGAGCACAAGGUGGGGAUUGGAUAAGGAACUUGUAUCUAGUUUAGUGAUGAUGCCAGUGACCCAGAGUGUGACAUUUCUGCUCUGGUAGCUGAAGUUUUAAUCCAAACUUUUUCCAUCAGUAUUUAAAUAGCAUUUUUUUAAAUAGUUGUAUAAGCACGAACACACUUCCCCAUUGUGCUUGGCCACGUCACACUUUCUGGAGACAUGUCUGACUGCCAUACAUUGCAAAACUGCUGACACCACAAAACACAAAGAAAGUGUUUCACUUCAUGCUCAAAUGAAAUGGAGCAGAAUGUCAUCAAUUAAGGUUUUCCCAAAUACUUUUCCUGCAGUAAAGCCAACAAACAACACUACCAGCUGAGCAAUUUAGUAUAAAAGCCUAAGCAGCCCUACAACAAAAGAAUAAUACCAUCCUAGCCUGUUCACAAUAGUCCCAUUUGUCAGUUUGCAAAAUCAACACAAUUAAUUUGAGAAUAAUCCAACCUUGUGUCCAAAUGUUACCCAAAGCUCUCAUAUCACACUCAUUUGUUUUGCUGUAGCUUGGUUAAUGGGCUGAUUUUUGCAGCAGGCUCUGAGAAAGGGCUGGUAAUGAAUUGUGAUUGUAUUAUCCAUUAUUCCAGCCGAGGGGCGUCAUGACAGCUAAAUGGCUGCAGUGGAAAACUCACAAUAGGUUGCUCUGCACUUCAGGGCUGAUAGAUUGUACCAGAGCAGAAUAAAUAAUGCAACAGCAACAACCUUUUAAGUAUUACUGUUCUGUUGCUAAAAGGCAACUCAAAAACAUUUGAGCUAACACACAGGAACUGUGCUGUCUUCAGACGGUGCGCUGUUUUGCUGGGGCCAGAUCUGUUUGGAAUUAAUGGCUUCAGAUCAAUAGCGUGUCUCUAAAUACUUUGAAGCUGCUGAGUGCUGUAAAUGUAUUGCUUGUUAUUGUAUCCCAUGUAUAAAUGUCCCUUUUUUUUUAAGAUGACAUGAACUGGAAUGCUUUGGAGUGGGACAGGGCGGCAGAGGAGCUCACCUGGGAAAGGGUAAUAAUGCAAGACAUCAGUGCUAAACUGUACAUAACUCACAAUCAGAGGUUUUCUUACGUCUUUGCUCACAAAUUACCUUUUCUGUUUAGAUGCUCGGUCUGGAUGGUUCACUGGUGUUUCUGGUAAGUCGUAUUUCAGUUAUUGUCAUGGGGCUAGCUGUUUUAGCAUUUUUUACAGGUCAUGAUUUUAAUUUUAGAUUUCCAAACUGAAAAACUUAAAAUGUUAUAUGUGAUGGAUUUGCUGUUUAAAGCCCCUAUAAGGAGUUUUUAACCGAUUUAAACAGACUGAAAUGAACACUGAUGCCUCUUUAAGACCUACAAAAGCUAACAAUACCAUCAGUAUAAAGACUGACAAGUUUUAACAAAUUAUUUCUAAUGUCUAAAACCACUGCCAGGGGUAAGUGUCAGGCAAAACAAUUACCUGCAUUAUUUGCAUUUGUCAUAAACCUGACUGUUUGAGUAAGGCAGGGUGAAUCACUAUUUACACGUGUACAGGUCAAGAUCAGCAGAGGGAUAAAUGGCACCGCUUUGUCCAUCUGGGGUGUUAAAAUCAACACAGACUGUAGGUUCCUAGCAGAAGCAUCAAGUCCCACCAGUUUUGACUCAUGUCCUUGUCUUUCAGGAGCAUGUGUUCUGGGUGGUGUCUCUGAACACUCUCUUCAUCCUGGUCUUUGGUGAGUAGAUGACAAGAGGAUGUUUCCAAAGCAUAAAUAAGGACUGAUUGUUUUACUCAAAGUUCUUUAGAGGUUAUCUGUGUAUUUCUUUUAUUUAUGAACUGCAAUGGCUAACAUGUGCUUGCUUUCCUCAUGCAGCAUUUUGCCCCUACCACAUCGGUCACUUCUCUGUCGUUGGUCUUGGAUUUGAGGAAUAUGUAAGAAAAUUCUCUCAUUGAUUUAAAGUUGAAAUAUUGUUCCUCUUCUUCAGUAAUCAGUUAUUUGACUACAACUUUGUACUCUCUUUAGGUCCAAGCCUCCCACUUUGAGGGCUUAAUCACAACCAUAGUGGGCUACAUACUCCUGGCCAUGACGCUCAUCCUUUGUCAUGUAUCCUUUUCACAACAGCAUCAGUCCACCUGAAUUACAGCAGUAUUAACAGGCUAGCCAUGAAGCAUUGUGGAGUUCUGUACAGUACUUGAUCGAGCGUACUUACUUGAAAAUUAAUGGAAGUCAACAAAAAUGUUAAAAGCUGUAGGGAGUCUGAUGAUUUAUCCCCCUUCCUACUGCAGUUGUGAGGGUCUCCAAGAUCCAAGUCCACCAAAAGAUUUAAUUUAAGCAAAUUAUAUCCAUACGAAGGUAGCAUUGAGUCACCCAGGAUCACAGCAUUGAGUCGCCAUGACAACCCUGGACUGGAGUUCUGCCAUGUUUCAAAGGCAUAUGUUGCAUAUGAGAUUUAUUUUAUGUGUCUCAGUCAGUUUGUGUAAGCUUUGUUGAUUCUUAACGGCUGUCUCAGGGACUAGCUGCUCUGGUCAGGUUCCAGCGCUCCAGACGUCUCCUGGGAGUCUGCUAUAUUGUUGUCAAGGUAACAUCUCCAAGUUGUGGAAAUGAGGACAGCAGUAUUUACUCACUGUGAUUUAUGACCUGAAUGUUCCACUGAAUCUGUACACCAAAUCUGGAGAAACGCAAUGCUUAAAUCACAUUCAGGCCAGAGGUGGAUGUGCUGUUCUGGAUGUACCUUUCUCGUUUGUUUUCAGGUUGUGUGUAAUGAUACUGAGGUGUGCCUCUGCUUCCUCUCCAGGUGUCUCUGCUGGUUGUCGUGGAGAUUGGUGUUUUUCCACUCAUCUGUGGCUGGUGGCUUGACAUCUGCUCCUUGGUUAGUAAACUGAACCUUCCAUGUUUUUCAUCUUCCCAAUGAUAUUUGAGUGAAUACUGUUUGGAUGUUUUUGCACAUUCGCUCUUUGCCCUGUAGAGGCGUGUGUUGCACUUGCCGUUUAACAGGGUUGUCCAGCAUAAACACAGAGACAGAUGCUGUUAAUUACAGACUUUGUACAUUAGUAGAGGUAGAAAAACAGCUUGGAUGAUGAGAGAGUCGCAUAUGUCUCUGUGUCGUUGUGCACACUCUCCACCUCUGAAAGUCUGUGUCAGCAAAAUUUCGCUUUUGAAAGUUCCCCCCUGUCUCCAGUGGCCUCCUCAGCUUCUCCACCUGUGCUGCUCUUCCUUAAUUAGGGGGUAGGAUUUUUGCACCUCAGCCUGUUUCAGAGCAGGUGGAGCUGUUUACAGAGGAAAUACAUGGAGAGAUGUUUAAAAGUGAACAGCCUUACCUGAGAAGCCUGCUUGGGAAGAGAGGAGAGAGAGAAAACAGAGGAUCCAAACCAAUAUAAUUAUCUAGACAACUCCACUUCAACCAACUGAACACUAACAGCCGAUUUGAGUCCAUCUGAAAGCAUUUAUUCUAACAUUUGUCUUUUUCAUCCUGUAGGAGAUGUUUGAUGCCUCCCUGAAAGACCGAGAGUUAAGUUUUAAAUCUGCCCCUGGUACCACCAUGUUCCUGCACUGGCUGGUGGGAAUGGUUUAUGUCUUCUACUUUGCUUCUUUUAUCCUGCUUCUGAGAGAGGUGAGACCCUGAUGGAGAAAAAGAGCAGAAACAUAAAAAGAAAUUUUAAUUAGUUACCAUAAAGAUAUACUGAUCUAUGAUUUUUUUUUUUUAAGUAAUGAGGGAAACGGGACUCCUUUCAUUAUUACUGAUCUUAUUUUUGUCCAUUAGGUGCUGAGGCCGGGCGUGCUAUGGUUUCUGAGGAACCUCAAUGACCCAGACUUUAACCCAGUGCAGGAGAUGAUUCAUCUGCCCAUCUACAGACACCUGCGGCGCUUCAUCCUGUCUGUGGUGGUGUUUGGCUCCAUUGUGUUGCUCAUGCUGUGGCUUCCCAUCAGACUGAUCAAACUGCUGCUGCCCACCUUCCUCCCAUACAAUGUCAUGCUCUACAGGUGAAUACAUUAAAGCUUCUGUGAAAGGCGUCAAACCCACGAGAAUCAGAGGUUUUGUUCUGUGUCAGCAUUCGGUUCACAUUCAAACUACUAUUUUAAAGAGUCCUUCUCUCUCGCCUUAGUGAUGCACCGGUCAGCGAGCUGUCUCUGGAGCUGUUAUUACUUCAGGUUGUGCUGCCGGCUCUGUUGGAACAGGGACACACUCGCCAGUGGCUGAAAGGCCUGGUCAGGGCCUGGACUGUUAGUGCUGGAUAUUUACUGUAAGUCAAUAUAUCAUUUCACUUUUACACAUCCGGGGGUGUUAAAGAGAUCACUUUAUUCUGUUGGGAUAGAUUUUCCUUCUAUCGACACAACAUUUCCUCACAAAGCCACUGAUUGUUCGUGAUAUAAGCGUCUUUAACCAAACCUAUCUUUACCUCCACAGAGACCUCCACUCCUACCUCCUCGGGGAGCAGGAAGACAAUGAUGCCAAUCAGCCCGUGAACAAUAACAACAAUAACAACCCUCCUCCCGGUCACCAUAACAACAACAACAACCCUGCUCCAGCCGUCGGCGAGGGACUGCAUGCCGCCCACCAGGCUAUUCUACAGCAAGGGGGACCAGUGGGCUUCCAACCUUACCACAGACCCCUCCGCUUCCCAUUCAGGGUGAGUGCAGAUUCUGGAGAAAUCUAAUGUGACAUUCUUCAAAAUGAUAAAGUGAAGCUGAUGGCAAGACAAUGAAUCAAAAAAGCUGUUUCAUCGAACCACAAGCUUACAGUGCUACUAAACAUUCGUCAAUAAGAAGAAAAUGGAUCAACUUGAACUCCAAAUAUGCUGAAUUUAAGCAUAAGUACAGCUAAAAUAGAGGCUGUAGGCAUUUUUCUUCAACAUUAUUGUUUGUAUUCUUAAUUUUGUGUUUUCUUUUUUCCUCCUCAGAUCGUGUUGCUCAUUGCUUUCAUGUGCAUCACUCUGCUUGUGGCCAGUCUGGUGUGCCUAACCCUACCAGGUGAGAUUUGGCGGCUUAAAGCACAACCAGCAAUUCAUUUCCUACUUUGCGAAUCCACACCCAAACCAUAAUGAAAGGGUGACUCUAAAUAUAAACACAGGCCUCUGCUGUUUGAAGCGGUUCUUUUGAGUUCUAACUCAAACAGUGAUUCUCCUCCUUGUCAGCCAAAGCUAAGGAUCACUGUAAAAAUAGCGUCAGAGUGAUCAUUUCAUGUUCUUUUUGUGUUUCAGUAUUCACCGGGCGCUGGCUGAUGUCCUUCUGGACUGGAAGCUCUAAAAUCCACGAGCUGUACACAGCAGCCUGUGGCCUGUAUGUGUGCUGGCUGUCCAUCCGUGGGGUCACCGUGCUACUUGCGUGGAUGCCCCAGGGGCGUGCCGUCAUCCUCCACAAAGUCCAGGAGUGGACUCUCAUGGUAGGACUGAGCAGACUCUGGCUAGAGAGAAGUAAAACUAGGCAUUGGAGACAUCAUAGUGAUUGUUUUCUCUUUGUACAUGUAGAUUCUGAAGACCCUGGUUGUAGCUUUGCUGGUUGCUGGAGUUAUCCCUCUACUACUGGGCCUGCUGUUUGAACUGGUCAUUGUGGCCCCACUCAGGGUACCCCUAGACCAAACACCCCUCUUCUACCCUUGGCAGGUAUGAUUAUAGGUCUGGGUUGUGUCUGAAAAAUUGCAAGAAUUUUUUGUGGCGAGUUGCAUGUGUGAGUAAAAACCACCAAAAAUUUCACCCCGGCUUCACCUGGACUUUCUUGUGCAAGAACCAGAGUGAGUCAGUGUUAGAAUGCAGCAAAAAAAUAGUUUUGAAAAAUUGAGCAACUGGGGGAGAUGUCAUUUCCAUCUUGCAGUUAGUUAGAGCCAAGAAAGAUUGCCAUGUAACGGGUUAAACAAGAACAUUCACGGUCCAAGAAAGAGGUCAUUUCUAGCAAAGAUGUCUGCACAUUUGUCCAAUUGCAGAUAAAUCUUCACAGCACAGUUAUCUAUUACCUCUUCUGUCGUCAUGUUGUAAGCAAUAUAUUGUUGCUUCUGGAGUUGCUUUGCAUGUCAUGUUCAGCCUCUGUCACCCACUCUCAUCUGACAGGUAAAGCCUGUGAGAGACAUGUAUGAACAAGCAUCUUAGGAGAGCCCCUGAAACUUUCUAAAAACUUAAUGAGAAUAUAUGUGACAGACAUCUGUCUCCUUGAUCCCAUAUACAUAUCCAUUGAUUGUCCGACUGGUUUUCUACAGGACUGGGCUCUAGGAGUGCUCCAUGCCAAAAUCAUUGCUGCUAUCACUCUGAUGGGCCCUCAGUGGUGGCUGAAGACUGUGAUCGAGCAGGUGGGUGUUAGACAGAUACUUUAAAUUUACAUAUUCAACCAUGUAAUAGUCAAAAGAUGUUUUUGUUUUCUUUCUAAGUAUCCUGAGUCUGUGAAUGCAGUUGAAAUUGUAGUUUGUUUUGUUUGGGGUAUACAAAAAUAGCAGUAGGGCUGUUGAGUGUUGGAUCCUAUCUUCUAUAGCAGAAGCAGGGAUACAGUUCUGAUUUUCAAAUAAAGUAAGAAAACUAUAAACUUUCCAUCUUAGGUUUAUGCAAAUGGAAUUCGCAAUAUUGACCUGCAGUUCAUCAUCCGUAAACUGGCUGCUCCGGUCAUCUCAGUCCUGCUGCUGUCCCUAUGUGUGCCGUAUGUAAUCGCUGCUGGAGUUGUGCCUGCUGUGGGUGAGUGUCCUGAUUCAUAUGUAAACCAAUGACCAUAUCAGCAAAUAUUAUGUGUAAUUGUAGAAACAAGUAUCACAAAGCAAGGGGAGUGGAGCACUAGCCUCACCCAGUAAAAGCACUCAGAUUAUUCACUUCAAUGAGUAACAGAAUAGAAAGAAUAAGAUGUCCCUGAGAUAUUCUGUACCUUCUUAUAUCAGAUAACUGUUGCAGAGACUGCUCUGACUGCAAAGGCGACACUCCCUCCCACAGUUCAUAACUAAAGUGUGUGCUUUCACAGGAGUCACCCCAGAGAUGGAGAUUCUGAUGCAGAGGAGAAUCUACCCAUUCCUCUUGAUGGUGGUCUCACUCAUCGGCAUCUUGUCCUUCCAGAUCAGACAGUUUAAACGCCUUUAUGAACACAUCAAGAAUGACAAGUAAGGAUGUGGACCCUGUUUUAAAAAAUAUUGUUUGGUGUGCUGAGUAGAAAAAUCUUAAAAUCUCAAGUUUAACAUUGUGGUUCUUCCUCUCUUCACAGAUACCUGGUUGGACAGAGACUUGUCAACUACGAGCGGAAAGCUGGGAGAGCAAGCUCAGUCCCACCUUCCAACCCUGUGGCAGAAUAGAUUUUUGUGUCAAACAACGCCACAUUUUUUCACCUGUUACCCCGCAUUCACCCAUCUUUCCACCUUUACCCCCCAACCCUUUUUGAUUUUCAACCCAGUCCUCGGACCCUAAUCCUUUUAUAUCUCCCCUGGAUCUCGGUGGAUUUGAUGGACGUCAUUCAGUUUCUUGAAUCUCCCUUCUAUGCCCAUCUUUGGUGGGUAAGGGAAAUGUAUUAUAGUCAUGGGACAGCAGAGUGGCCAAUCCCCCCCCCAAAGACAGACGGAGUGGCAGGAGGGCGAGGGGUUAGAGGUUUGAUUUGAAGCUCAACAUCUGUAUUGUCGUUCAUGCCUUGCUUUGUAAAGUGCUGCCUGAUAAUUGUACAUGUGUAAAUACUUUGAACGCAGACUUUGUCUUAAAAAAAAAAGACAGAUGUGGAUUAAUGCAAUGACCAUUGUACAUCUUAAAAGUGUAUGUAUAAUUUAUUAAAUCAAACUGACAAUUUAUCUGAACGAGUUCUCUUUGAAUAAGAGCGAUGGUCUCAACCAGGAAGAUGUUACGGUUUCCCAUCUCUAGGUAAUCUUGUCAUAUCAAUGUCCCACUUUAAUACAAUCAAUACAUCUCUGUUAAUGGUGUCAUCCUUUCAUCCUUUGGUAUAAGCGGAGAUUUCAGCACAAUUCCAAACCCCUCUGCAAGAACUUGAGGUAUCUCCUCAUCUUUAACCUCCCUGGUAGAAGUUUUGAUCCCGUGUGUCUCAGUGGGAAAAGUUGUGCUUGUCAGUCUGUGGCCAAUGAAGGUGAGCCUUCCUCCUGGCUUUAACACCGUGCAUAAUGACUUGCAGAAGAGGAUGGAGCACGGUGAGCUUUGGUGGUAUUCACACAUCUCUGCAAAGUCCUCCAGACACCGAGGUUUAAGGGUGAACUUGUAGAUCGUUUCCCAGUCUCCAUCCGGCUCUCUGAUCUCCUCCUGCUGCCACUCUACAAAGUGCAUCCCCUCCUCUUCUCUGAUCCGGUACAUCUUGUGGCCCUGCUUCUGGGGGUCACUGGUGUCAAGUGAAAGUGGGGAACUGUAGCCUUGGCUGCCGAACCCGCCAUCGCAGAGCCAGCGUUUCCCAUCUAAGGUCACAAGGAGGAUCAGAUGGUCAAAAGGUGGCCAGUAGAAACCUGUCUUCAGACACUUCACCUGCCCUGAGAGGAGGGUCACCUGGAAGCCGAGUUUGCGCAACAUCCAGGAGAAGAGACCGUUCGUUUCAUAGCAGAAACCUCCUCUGCGCUGGAUCACUAUCUUUUCAUAGAAAAGACGGAGGUCGAGCUGAACUCGCCCCCCACUGUGCACGGUCAGGUUUUCAAAGGGUACCGAGAGUUGGUGGUGGAGGUGGACCGAACGCAGCACAUCCAGGGUGGGUUCUGCUGGGCCUGAAUACCCAAUGCGAGUUAGAUAAGUCUUCACGUCCAUGUCAGGAGAAGUCAUUUUCUUCUUUUUUUUUCCAGAGUGGUAAACUACAAUCCCUUUUGUCCUCAACUUCGGUGUAGCACAGUCCAAAUUGCAAGCCUAUAAAGUUCGCUGGAUCAUUAACGAAAAUAUCCGAGAAGUUUCCGAACUUCUCCUUCCUUUUCGUUUUCUUGCUGGUGGUGCAUUGAGUCUAUAAUUUGUGGAGGAGAAGUCCCAAGCUCACCACGGCUGAGUCAGCCCCUGCUCCAAAACAUGUGAGGAUGACUAGUUAAACUUUUCAUUAACUACGGUGGCCGAGAACCGCUACUGCUGCAAAUAACAAAUAAAAAAAUUUAAAAAAAGAAGUCACAAUGGAAGUUACUGAUACAAAAAAAGAAACAGAAGCCUGUUGCAAAAAAAAAAAACAGUGCGGAUAAAAAAAAAGCCAAAGAGGAAGUUAACGACGCAAAAACAAAGUGGUGAUAGAAAAAAAAGUUACUAACUGUGAAAAUAAAAGAGUCACAAUGGAAGUGAGCUGCCAGGGACCAAUAAUGAUGAUGAACCGGUGUUUUAUGAUCCAGGCAUAGAAGACGAUGGCGAGAAGACAAGCUAAGGGGAAAGGUGAUUGUUUAAUUUCUCUUUGUGUCAUGUAGUUAGACCAUGCACUCAAGUCGAUAUGAAGUUGAACUGGAGCUAAUACUACCAAGGCAUCCUCCAGUUCAACUUCAUAUCGACUCAGACGCAACAUUGGCUCAUCAAAUAACACAUUAAAAAGCACACAAAGUGAAAUUAAACAAUAAACUUUCCACUUACUUCUGUGUGUGGUUUCGCGCCGUCGUCUUCUGUGUCUAGAUCGUAAAACACCGGUGCAUCAUCAUUAAUGGUCCCCAUCAGCUCACUUCGGUUUUGGCUUUUCUUUAUUUGCAUCUUUUUAAUUUCGCAGUAGUAACUUUUUUUUUUUUUGCAAAGUUUUUUUCAUCAUUAACUUCCGUUGUGGUUUCUUUCUUUCUUUUUUUGCAUUCUUUUUUUUUUGCAGCAGUGGUGGUUCUCAGCCACCGUAAAUAGCGAAGGGAAAAAAGUAGAGGAUGAAAAUUUAUAGGCGAAGGCGACUUUGUAAAGAAAAAUAAUUUCAACUUUUACAUUAAAUUAUUUCGAUAAGAACAACAUUUUAUUUAGGCCAUUAUUUCUUCAAAAUGCGUAUUUUCAGUGGUAAUGUUUUAUUUCAUACAAAACAGAUAAUUAUUUACUUCACUUUUAGUUUCCUUUCAUUUAUAAAAAAAAUAAUUAGAUAGAUAGAUAGAUAGAUAGAUAGAUAGAUAGAUAGAUAGAUAGAUAGAUGGAUAGAUAGAUAGAUAGAUAGAUCCUUGUCAGCCAAAGCUAAGGAUCACUGUAAAAAUAGCGUCAGAGUGAUCAUUUCAUGUUCUUUUUGUGUUUCAGUAUUCACUGGGCGCUGGCUGAUGUCCUUCUGGACCGGAAGCUCUAAAAUCCACGAGCUCUACACUGCAGCCUGUGGCCUGUACGUGUGCUGGCUGUCCAUCCGUGGGGUCACCGGUCUGCUUGCGUGGAUGCCCCAGGGGCGUGCCGUCAUCCUCCACAAAGUCCAGGAGUGGACUCUCAUGGUAGGACUGAGCAGACUCUAGAUAGAGAAGCGUAAAACUAUGCAUUAGAGACAUCAUAGUGAUUGUUUUCUCUUUGUACAUGUAGAUUCUGAAGACCCUGGUUGUAGCUCUGCUGGUUGCUGGAGUUAUCCCUCUACUACUGGGCCUGCUGUUUGAACUGGUCAUUGUGGCCCCACUCAGGGUACCCCUAGACCAAACACCCCUCUUCUACCCUUGGCAGGUAUGAUUAUAGGUCUGGGUUGUGUCUGAAAAAUUUCAAGAAAUUUUUGUGGCAAGUUGCAUGUGUGAGUAAAAACCACCAAAAGUUUCACCCCGGCUUCACCUGGACUUUCUUGUGCAAGAACCAGAGUGAGUCAGUGUUAGAAUGCAGCAAAAAAAUCGUUUUGAAAAAUUGAGCAACUGGGGGAGAUGUCAUUUCCAUCUUGCAGUUAGUUAGAGCCAAGAAAGAUUGCCAUGUAAUGGGUUAAACAAGAACAUUCACGGUCCAAGAAAGAGGUCAUUUCUAGCAAAGAUGUCUGCACAUUUGUCCAAUUGCAGAUAAAUCUUCACAGCACAGUUAUCUAUUACCUCUUCUGCCGUCAUGUUGUAAGCAAUAUAUUGUUGCUUCUGGAGUUGCUUUGUAUGUCAUGUUCAGCCUCUGUCACCCACUCUCAUCUGACAGGUAAAGCCUGUGAGAGACAUGUGUGAACAAGCAUCUUAGGGACAUUUUGAGAGCAGAGCCCCUGAAACUUUCUAAAAACUCUGAGAAUAUAUGUGACAGAGGUGUCUGUCUCCUUGAUCCCAUAUACAUGUCCAUUGAUUGUCCGACUGGUUUUCUACAGGAUUGGGCUCUAGGAGUGCUCCAUGCUAAAAUUAUUGCUGCUCUCACUCUGAUGGGCCCUCAGUGGUGGCUGAAGACUGUGAUCGAGCAGGUGGGUGUUAGACAGAUACUUUAAAUUUACAUAUUCAACCAUGUAAUAGUCAAAAGAUGUUUUUGUUUUCUUUCUAAGUAUCUGUUAACUUUGAGUAAGAAGAUUCUAGCCUGGAUUACAAAUAAGUCUGUGAAUGCAAUUGAAAUUGUAGUUUGCUUUGUUUGGGGUAUACAAAAAUAGCAGUAGGGCUGUUGAGUGUUGGAUCCUGCCUUUAGUAUGAGAAGCAGCAAUACAGUUCUGAUUUUCAAGUAAAGUAAGUAAACUGUAAAGGGCUAGAGGUUUGAUUUGAAGCUCAACAUCUGUAUUGUCGUUCAUGCCUUGCUUUGUAAAGUGCUUCCUGAUAAUUGUACAUGUGUAAAUACUUUGAACGCAGACUUUGUCUUAAAAAAAAAAGACAGAUGUGGAUUAAUGCAAUGACCAUUGUACAUCUUAAAAGUGUAUGUAUAAUUUAUUAAAUCAAACUGACAAUUUAUCUGAACGAGUUCUCUUUGAAUAAGAGCGAUGGUCUCAACCAGGAAGAUGUUA